CCUAGAGCAUCCUUUUUCCUAGAGGCCAUAGUAUGCAAACGAGCCAUUUUUAUCUGUUAUUGACUCACUUCUACUACUCUACGUAACUGUUUUAUCAGUGAUCUCCAUCUCUUUCACACAAUGUCUUUGACUCGAUCUACCACUGUUCAAUCGCAACAGUCAAUUACCUACGACACUACCAUUGUUGAUGAAACCAUCAUCGGUCCCCCGCCUGAGGAAUCGUUAGAGAAAGGCGGCGAACCUGAUGAUGAAUAUGAAGGAAUUCGUAACCGCGGCUGGGUAUGCGCAUUGGGCGCUUUCCUCGUCAACUUUUUCCUGAGCGGUAGUACUCUUGCUUUUGGAAACUACAUGAAUAACUAUCUGACUGUAGCAUUUCCCGAACGAACAGCUUUGGAAGUCUCCUUCAUAGGCUCAAUGCAGUCUGGUCUGAUCAACUUGCUAGGACUUGUUCUCCCUCUCAUUAUUCAAAAGAUCGGAUACCGAGGAACUAUCCACAUUGGCACCAUUCUUGCUCCAAUGGGUUUGAUUUGUGCUAGCUUCACUACAGAGUUCUGGCAGCUGUAUCUUACUCAAGGAUUGAUGUAUGGCGUUGGUGGCGCCAUGGGCUUUCAACCAGCUAUGAUGAUUCCAGCCCAGUACUUGCGGCGCAACCGCUCACUAGCUGGUGGUAUUUCCAUUUGUGGCUCGGGCAUUGGCGGGCUCUGCUUGAAUCCGUUGAUCUCCAGUUUCAUCUCCAAAUACGGAUACAAAGCAACCUUGAGAUAUCAUGGCAUCAUUGGCCUAGGAAUCAUGAUUGUCGGCGAUCUACUUUGCAAGCCAAAGUAUGAAAUGCCAAGGACAACAGGACGAGCUAAGUUGAUUGAUACUUCCUUGCUGACCACCCCCAUGUGGCUAUUGCUUGGAUUCUCAGCUUUAGUCCCUUUCGGAUACCUUGUUCCAUUUUAUCUGGUCCCAAUGUACAGUGUAAGCAUCGGCCUUACCGCCAGUCAAGGUGCAUUGAUUGUUGCCGUUGGAUCUGGUAUAAAUGCAGCAUCCAGAGUCAUCUUCGGAACGCUUGCCGAUCGGUCGCUUGGUCGACUGAACGUCAUGUUUCUUCUUACCUUCAUAUCUGCUGCUAGUACGAUGCUCAUAUGGCCAUUUGCCAAAUCAUAUGGUGUAUUGUUUUUCUACUUUAUCGUAUAUAGUGCAUCGGGUGGAGUUUUCCUAUCCGUUCUGCCUGCUAUCGCGAUCGAAAUUGUUGGCAUCGAACACCUCGCUCAGGGCAUGACAAUGUAUUUUCUCGCAACUGGACCAGGAUUUUUGUUAGGUACACCUCUGGCUGGUCAAAUCUUUGACGCCUCCAACUACGUUACUGCCAUUGAAUUUUCAGGUGCAAUUACGGUUCUCGCUUCGAUUAUGGCUCUUGCUCUGAGAAUCAAUAUAGGAGGCUAUAAGCCUUUCAUUAAAGUAUAGAAAGCUACCCUGCUGGGACGUGUACAUUUCCAUUUUUCUUUUGUUUUCUCCAUUACCACGGUUAUCAUCUCUUUUGUUGCUUCUGUGCCUUCCUCACUCCAAGUAUUAUCACACAAACCGCAUCCAUGUUCUUUAAUUUCGUCACGGUUUUCUCACUUACGCUGCCCUUCGGUCGCACCUUUAGUCUAGUAUCCUCCUCACUACUCGUCCCAUGUUAUUUCCAUUGCCCUCAUUCAGCACGCUUCU